UAACUAGCUAUGACAUGCGCAGUGGUGAACAAAGACAUUGCAAUUACAAGUUAGGUCACCCGCUAACCAGUUUGUUUCUAUUAAUUUGACUUCAUCUGAAGCAAGAUGUCAUCUCGUCGACCUUUGGUUCUGUAACUAGUUAGCGACCUACAGUUAGCUAACGUUAGCUUGGCUACCUAGCUGACGUUAGUUAGGCUACGACCAGAUGAGCUCUCAGGGGCCCAGCCCACCAGUAAAGCUGUAUCAGCACCGGGUCGACGGGACAGACGGAAGCGGCGCGUCGUUGUAUGGGGAGGUCCGCAGUGACAUCACGAUGAGCUACAAACCCAUCGCCCCUGCCCCGUCCGGCUCCAACCACACCCCGCCAGGCUCCAGUGUGCCCUCCCCCUCACUCCCCUCCUCCUCCAACUUCAGACCGGCGUUCAGUGAUUUCGGCCCGCCGUCGAUGGGCUUCGUUCAGCCAGUGAAAGUGUCUCAAGGCUCAACCUACAGCGAGCUGCUGUCAGUCAUAGAGGAGAUGAGUCGCGAGAUCCGCCCCACCUACGCCGGGAGCAAGAGCGCCAUGGAGAGGCUAAAGAGAGGUAUCAUUCACGCGAGGGCGCUGGUCAGGGAGUGUCUGGCAGAGACAGAGAGGAGCGCUCGCACAUAACCCUUGGCAGAAUCCCCUCGUCUCUGUACAGGCCUCAUCUAUGUGUCACGUCUUUGUUAUCCUGACUGAACUUGUAACCUUCCCUUGUUCCAUUCCCUCUUCCAUGUAGUCUCUCACAAAGCCUAUUGGGUGUGUUCAGAAUGUGUAACACAUUUUGCAGUUGUAGGACAGUUUGCUCUCAGAACAUUCUGUAACUUAAUUCGGUUUCAUAGGCACCAUGAGGGCCUGGUAAAUAUUGUCUGAUCCUGGUUGUCCAGUUCAGUGAUGGUGAUGUAAAAUAUUUCUGAUAGAUUAUUGAAAACUAUGCUAUAAUGAAAUGUCUAUCUGAUGAGUUUGAUACUCUGAAUCUUUCUCUUAGCUGCUAUACUGACACCACUCAACAACCAAAGGUUCAAUUACACAUUAUUUUACAGUAAGCAACACUUAAGCCUUGUUCACACUGCAGGCCUUAAUGCUCAAAUCAGUUUUGUUUUUUCAAAUCCGUUUUGCAAUACUGACUGUCCAAACAGCAAGUCAAGUGACCAAAU